CCGGGCAGCCGAGGGGAGAGAGGAGCCCGCGCCUCGAGUCUCCGAGCCGCUGCUGGGCUUCUCGCCUUUCCCGGCCACCCGCAGCCCCUCACCCCCACCCCCGACCCCUACGCUGCCCCGGGCUCGCGUAUGAAUCUCCUGGAUCCCUUCAUGAAGAUGACCGAAGAGCAGGAGAAGGGCCUGUCCGGUGCCCCGAGCCCCACCAUGUCCGAGGACUCGGCUGGCUCGCCCUGUCCCUCGGGCUCCGGCUCGGACACGGAGAACACGCGGCCCCAGGAGAACACGUUCCCCAAAGGCGAGCCGGAUCUGAAGAAGGAGAGCGAGGAGGACAAGUUCCCCGUGUGCAUCCGUGAGGCGGUCAGCCAGGUGCUCAAAGGCUACGACUGGACGCUGGUGCCCAUGCCGGUGCGGGUCAACGGCUCCAGCAAGAACAAGCCCCACGUCAAGCGCCCCAUGAACGCCUUCAUGGUGUGGGCGCAGGCGGCGCGCCGGAAGCUGGCCGACCAGUACCCGCACCUGCACAACGCCGAGCUCAGCAAGACGCUCGGCAAACUCUGGAGACUGCUGAACGAGAGCGAGAAGCGGCCUUUCGUGGAGGAGGCGGAGCGGCUGCGGGUACAGCACAAGAAGGACCACCCGGAUUACAAGUACCAACCCCGGCGGAGGAAGUCGGUGAAGAACGGGCAGGCGGAGGCGGAGGAGGCCGCGGAGCAGACACACAUCUCCCCCAACGCCAUCUUCAAGGCGCUGCAGGCCGACUCGCCGCACUCGUCGUCGGGCAUGAGCGAGGUGCACUCUCCGGGCGAGCACUCGGGACAAUCCCAGGGCCCACCGACCCCACCCACCACUCCCAAAACCGACGUGCAGCCCGGUAAGGCCGACCUGAAGCGCGAGGGGCGCCCGCUAGCCGAGGGGGGCAGGCAGCCCCACAUCGACUUCCGCGACGUGGACAUCGGGGAGCUGAGCAGCGACGUCAUCUCCAACAUCGAGACCUUCGACGUCAACGAAUUUGAUCAGUACCUGCCCCCCAACGGUCACCCGGGGGUGCCGGCCACUCACGGCCAGCCGCAGGUCACCUACACGGGCAGCUACGGGAUCAGCAGCACCGCGGCCAGCCCCGCCGGCGCGGGGGGCCACGUGUGGAUGUCCAAGCAGCCCGCGCCGCCGCCGCCGCCGCCGCCGCCGCAGGCCCCGCAGGCCCCGCAGGCGCCGCCCGCGCCCCCGCAGCCGCAGCCGGCGCCCCCGCAGCCCGCGCCCCCUCCCCCGGCGCCGGCGCACACGCUGACCACGCUGACCAGCGAGCCGGGCCAGUCCCAGCGAACGCACAUCAAGACGGAGCAGCUGAGCCCCAGCCACUACAGCGACCAGCAGCAGCACUCGCCGCAGCAGAUCGCCUACAGCCCCUUCAACCUCCCGCACUACAGCCCCUCCUACCCGCCCAUCACCCGCUCGCAGUACGACUACACCGACCACCAGAACUCGGGCUCCUACUACAGCCACGCGGCCGGCCAGGGCUCUGGUCUCUACUCCACCUUCACCUACAUGAACCCGGCGCAGCGCCCCAUGUACACCCCCAUCGCCGACACCUCCGGGGUCCCCUCCAUCCCGCAGACGCACAGCCCUCAGCACUGGGAACAACCCGUCUACACACAGCUCACCAGACCUUAAGCGGGGAGAACCUGCCAGGGCUCCAGCCAGCCAGCCAGCCAGCCAGCCGGCCCAGCCAAGCCAAGCAAGCCCCAGGGUCCUUGGUGAUGGAUGAUCAAAAGAACAAGAAGAAACAAUCGAGAAAGAAAAAUUCAUGAUAAUAACCACCACCACCAACCCACCAGAAUUGCCUUUUGGACGUAGAUUUGGUUCCUGUUCCUUUAUUCUGUCAAAGACAUGUAAGCUAAAAGGCGCCCUCAAGAUUCCAAGAUAACUCAAGAUCCCAAGACCAGAGACCUGACCCUGUUUCCCAAUGCAGUAGCAACUUGCGGCAGAUCUGUGGCCGGUUGGUGAGGCCUCUCCUCUCCUCUUCUCUCUUUCUCUCUCCCUCCUUCCCCACCCACCCCCCUCUUUCUCUCUCUGGGGAGGAUGAGAAAAAGUGGAAGAUGGCAAGAGAAUCAAGAGAUCUCUCCCCGCCUCUCUGGACCUUUGUAAUUAUUUUUUAGCAGUAAUUAAAAGAAAGAAGUCCUCUGUGAGGAAUAUUCUCUAUUUUAAAUAUUUUUAGUAUGUACUGUGUAUGAUUCAUUAUCAUCAUUUUGAGGGGAUUUAUACAUAUUUUUAGAUUAAAAAAAUUAAAUGCUCUUAUUUUUUUUCCAACAGCUAAACUACUUAGUUUGAACUGUAUGCCCUAGCUUUUUCUUGCGACCAGAGUAUUUUUGUACAGAUUUGCUUUCUCCUCCAACAGGAAAAAGAAAAAAAAGAAAAAAAAAGCGUGUCAUUAUAUUAACAUACAAAAAAAAAAAGCACACAGAAUUGUGUGAGGCGAUUGGGGUUUUUUUUGGGGGGGGGGCGGGGAAGGGGGGAGCUUUGCUUAAUUCCUCAGGCUUUCCAAUUCCAGUAGGAGCUGCCUUAAAAAAAAAAAAGAGAGAAGUUUAAAAAAAAAAACAAAAAAAGCCUUAUUUUGCAAAUAGGGAGGUAAACAAAUAGUCUAGAGAAGAAGCAUUUGGUAAGCUUUAUCAUAUAUAUAUUUUUAAACAAGAGGAAAACGCCUUGAGCCUUAAAAGCGAGCUGUUGGGAAACCCAUCCGCUCUUUCAGUUUGCCUGUCCUUCCUGCCUUUGCUUGUUCUCUGCAGUCUUCAGAAGGAAGCAAAAGGCCAGCAAAAGGAGGAAAUCUUUGGAGAAUGUUAGAAUGGCCAGGCAAUAAGUGCCCAAGUACACCGCCUCCCCCUCCCUGGUUGCCCACCUGGACCCCAUGUGGGGGAGGAGGGGGCAGCUGGCCCAGUCUGCCUACCCAGACAUCUCUCACCAUGUCUCUCAACACCAGCGGUUAACCUUCAAGACAUUCCACGUGCUCAAAUUAUUUAUUUUGUAAGGAGAGGUUUUAAUUUAAAAAAAAAAUAAAGAGAAAAACUCUUCCUCCUUUUUUUUUUUUUGUUUUAAUUUACUGUCUUGAAAAUAGGUUGUUGGAGCCUUGCUCAAAGGUAUGGCCACCUGUUAUUAAAUUAUGUUCUUAACUAUAACCAGUUGUUUUUUUUAUUUAUCUCUUUAAUCUUUUUUUUAAUUAUUAUUAAAAGUGAAUUUCUUUGGAUUCCUCAUCCUAGAUUUGUACAAAUACCUUUUGGUCAGUUGUUCUUCCCAUACCCCUUUGUUUUUGUUGAAAACAAACUGGAAACUCUCUCUCUCCUUCUCUCUCUUGCUCUCUUUCUCCCUCUCUCUUUUAUUUUUUAUUUUUUUGUACAAAUGAGAAACUGUACGUGUAGUGGGUUGUCGUUCAAUGUUUGCUGCCACAGACCUUUGGGCUACAGAAUUGUGUGUGUGUGUGUGUGUGAGUGUGUGUGUCUGCACGCGCAUGGCGCACAUGUGUGCACAAGUGUGUUGUGACACAAAACAGCACAAAUGUGUGUCAUUCAUCUACUUUCCUCUGCAGGCGCUGGAGAAAAGACAGGUCACCAGUGAGGUGGGCCUACUGUCAGACCUUAAUUCUUCAUCACUGCUGUGGCUAGAGAGAGGUUGAGGAUUGCUUUUUUGGAUUGCUUUUUGUUGUUGAUGUUGUUGCUGUUUUAAGACAGCAGACCUUUUUUUUUUAUUUAAAAGAAAAGAUAUGUUAACAGUCUUAGAAGUCAGUAGAAGAAAAUCUUAAAGCACUCAUAAUAAUAUGGCGUCUUUCAAUUUCUGUAUAAAAGAAAACAUCUUUUUAAAAGAUAUUUCUGUAACUUAAGAAACCUGGAUUUAAAUCAUAUUUUCUCUUUAGGUAAGGUUUGGUUUUUCGUUUGUGUUUUGUUUGUUGUCCUUAAAUAUCCCCUGCAACCUUUUUCUUCACUCUGUGAAGUUUACCUUUCCUUUCCUUCCUUUUUUUUGUAUAUUAUUGUUUACAAUAAAUAUACAUUGCA